ACUAACUUAACUGCAGUAAAUUCACUUAUAUAUGGCAAGAAAGGUCAUAAAUUGGGGCAAAAUUCACUUAGCAAAUAAAUUUUGGACUAUUGUCAUACCUCAAGGACUACCUAUAUUAGAGCUUCUGAUGUGGGCUUUCAGUACACCAUGUUUAAUCUAAACUCUGAAAGCCAUCAUGCACUUUGAAUUUAGGUUAGAACAUAGAAAAUCCUGUCAAAACAAGUAAGUCAUGUAAUUUUCUUAUUCCAUUGUCCUUUUGAAGCUCUAUGAACCAUCAUUUAUGUCACAUGACCAUUGACAUGAUAUCUUUAUUGUUGUUGCAAGAUGCCCAGAGUUGUUUAAAAAGGAGAGCCAUGCAAAUCUUAUCAUUUCAAUAAAUAUAUCUAGAAACAGAAUUGUCUGUUAAAAGUGAUGAUCAGAGUAGGAUAUUUUUCUCUUUCUCAUCCUCUUUCAAAACCUUAUCUCAUUUUGCCUAAUCUUAUGUAGUUGAUGGAAUAAGUCAUAGUUAUCAGCUUUACAUUUGCUUCCAUUGAAAGGGUAACAAUUCUUGAUGAAGAACUAUGCAAAGAAAUGUGUUCAUCUCGAUUUACCAUCUAGGAUGUUUGUGCCUAUUAAAGGAACUAGUUGUAAUUUUGGUUAUAUUUCUUAUAAAUAUGCUUCUCUUAUGCAUGUAGAAAGAUUGGUGAGCCAUAUUAUUUUUAUAGUCUACUUGGAUCCAUAUUGAGCCUUCUACUUGUGGCUCUGCUAAUUGAUCAACAUAUCACACUUUGGCAAUUGAAGUACUUUUUUUGAAGAAUUAAAUGGGUAUUGAGUAGGAUAAUACUUGAUAUGGACAAAUAUGGUGUUAUUAGGGUGGUGGAAAAGACGAGGUAAUUUCAAACGCACAGACAUUUGUAUUAUACCUGGUGGCAAAUUUUUAACUUGUACCUUUUUCUAGGCUUUAAAAGAUAUGUUCGGUUUGAGGAGAUGCUGACGUAUAUAAAGUACUUGCAUACAUGCUCUGAAUGAUCUUUCCUCUUUGGAAUUUUAGUCAUAUGACUGCAGGAUGCACAAAACAGUGCUUAGAAGGCUGAAAAAAAAUUUUUUGUUGUUGUUUCUUUCUCAUACUGGUCAUUCUGUUACCAUCUUUCUUUCCCUGUUUCCUUCAUUUUGUUAAUAAUCAUCUCUACAUUUUCAAAUUUAUCACUACAAUCAUAAAAUCUAUAAAUUUGAUUUUGGAAUAUUUCCCAUAUACAGAAUUCCAUGAAUAAGUUGUCAUAAUUACAAUAUAAUUGCUGCUUAGAAAUUUAAAAUAGAUAUUUCUAAGAUAUGUCAGUACCAUUUUUUAGCUUAUUACAUACUAUAAAUGUGUAAGCACCAUAAAACAAUGCAUAUAAUUUUAUAUUGAUGCUCAUAAUUUGUAAAAGCUUUUGCUUAAAUUCUGUCUUGCAGUUAUUUGGCUGAUUGUUUCUAUUAUGAUGAGGUAACAGAAGCUUUAGAGACAGUAUGGCUGCCACUGCUGCAGUUAGUCCCAGUGAUUACUUACAGCCUGCUGCUUCAGCAGCUCAGGAUUCUCAGCCAUCUCCAUUAGCCCUACUUGCAGCCACAUGUAGCAAAAUUGGUCCUCCAGCUGUAGAAGCGGCAAUUACUUCUCCUGCUCCUCCUCAGCCUGCUCCUCGGAAAUUGGUUCCUAUUAAACCUGCUCCGCUCCCAUUAAGUUCUAAUAAGAACAGUAUUGGAAUCCUACCCUCAAAAGGAAAUCUCUUUCAAAUCCAAGGUUCCCCAUUGGGGACAUCAUAUCCUGGUGGACAGCUAGUAUUUACAAUCCAGAACCCAACUGUAAUCAGCAAAGGAACCCGUUCUCCUGCCAAUAUCCAGUAUCAGACGGUACCACAAAUCCAAACAGCAUCAGGACAGACGAUUCAGGUGCAACAAAAUUUGGGCAAUCAAAUACAGAUUAUUCCCAGCAAUAUCACGCCUUCUUCUUCCUCCUCCUCCUCAUCGUCCUCUUCUUCAGCUCAUAAGCCUGUGCCAAUAAAGCCAGCUCCAGCUCAUAAGUCAUCAACAUCCAGUCUCCACAACGCAAGUAGUGUUGUCAAGUUAACUGGUACCAGUGGCAAUGUUACACUUACUCUUCCAGUGAGCAACCUUGUAACUGCUGGGGAGACUAGUUCUCAAACUCAAGUUGUGCCCGACAGCCCCUCUAAGCCAAGCAGGAAAUCCCGAAAGAAAAUGGUAUCGCAAGCUCAGACAACUUCAAUGGCUAUGGCAGAGCAAGUGGAAACAGUCUUAAUAGAGACUACAGCUGACAACAUCAUCCAGGCAGGGAAUAAUCUGUUGAUUGUGCAGAGUCCUGGAUCUGGGCAGCCAGCUGUGGUCCAACAGGUGCAAGUAGUUCAGCCCAAACAAGAGCAACAGGUAGUUCAGAUACCACAGCAAGCCCUACGGGUAGUACAGGCAGCCUCCGCUACACUCCCUACAGUUCCCCAAAAGUCCCAACAAAACUUCCAGAUCCAGACAACGGAGCCAGUUCCCACUCAGGUCUAUUUUAAGACUCCUUCUGGUGAACUACAGACAAUACUACUACAAGAUGCCUCAGGAGGGGGUCUAACUAUGGCCCCUUCCCCUGCGGUCUCCUCAGCCACAACCUGCAGCAGCCCUGUACCCCGCAGUUCCCAGUCAGGGGGGAGUACCAAAAAGACGGGGGCUCGUAAAGAGCGUGCUCUGCCAAAGAUUGCCCCUGCUGGAGGCAUCAUCAGCCUCAAUGCUGCCCAGCUUGCUGCAGCUGCCCAGGCAAUGCAAACGAUCAGCAUCAAUGGUGUGCAGGUUCAAGGUGUUCCUGUUACCAUCACCAAUACCGGAGGCCAACAGCAGUUAACGGUGCAGAAUGUUUCAGGCAACAAUCUAACCAUCAGUGGCCUGAACCCUAACCAAAUCCAAUUGCAAAUGGAACAAGCACUCUUGGGGGACAUGCAGCCUGGAGAAAAGAGACGGCGGAUGGCUUGCACCUGUCCGAAUUGCAAGGAUGGAGAAAAAAGGUUGGGGGAUCAAGGGAAGAAGAGGCACAUCUGCCACGUGCCUGAAUGUGGAAAGACCUUCCGCAAGACUUCCCUUCUGCGGGCCCAUGUACGUCUACACACGGGCGAGAGGCCUUUUGUCUGCAACUGGGUCUUUUGUGGAAAAAGAUUUACACGCAGUGAUGAACUGCAACGGCACGCCCGAACGCAUACAGGUGACAAACGUUUUGAGUGUGCCCAGUGCCAAAAGCGCUUCAUUAGGAGCGAUCAUCUGACAAAGCAUUAUAAAACCCACUUGGUCACCAAGAACUUGUAGGUUGCAAUGCAAGCAGGAAAAGUAAGGAAGCGGAAUGAUGAUGAGCAACUUUUCACCCCUCAUCAUGAAAGAUGGUCUCUGCAAAGGACAGGGAAAAAAAAAAUCCCCAAAUAAUUGUCCUGACUGUGACAGCUUUCCCAGCCACAUCUGCCCAAGGAAAAAAUGGAAUGGCUGCUAUUCCUUCAAUUGAACUGCCUUCAGACUGGCAUACUCCUUUGGAAAUUCUUGAUGAAUGCAUCAAACUUCAAGGCUUGAACCUGAGACGGGGGAGCAAUGCCAUUUCCAAAUAUGCUCAAAUCAGCACAAGCCCAGUGGCAGACCUGGAAAAGCAAGGCAAAACCCAUUUAUGCACUUUCCUCAGGAGUUUGCAGAGCCAGGGCCCUCCUCUGCUGCACCAAAGGAACUCCUUAUGGGUUUGAGAGUAGCACCAGCGGAACUGUACCCCACUUGUAAUUUGGGUUCCUCUUCCCACUCACUCCCAUGUGCUUGUGAAGCUUUUGAAUGAGAGGCAGGGAAACCAUCCAAAAUGGGACUCGGUCCCCCUAGCACAUUCCUACUUUAUAUUUAAAAAUAUAAAUAUAUAUAUAAAUAUAUAUAUAUAUAUCUAUAUCUAUAUAUUCACACACAUAUAAAAUAACCUCCUUAGGAAGCUUCAUGUCUUUUCUACGGAGAAUGUUGCCUUAUAUUUUACCCCAGGUUCAAAUUAUGUAUUGUGAACAUUUUUUUUUAAUUUAAUGAUUUCUUUAUAAACAAACAAUCCUUUGCCUAACAGUGCAGGCAAAGGAUAAAGCCCCUCUCAAAAUGCAGAGGCUGUGAUCUGAUCGUGGUCUAUAAACUAGAUAUGCCCUGUCUAUAGAACGGGGAUUUCUAGGGUAUGUGUAGCAGCAGCAGCAGCAGCACUUUGUUGAAGGAAGGAAGGAAGGAAGGGGAUCUCCCAUGUAUAUAUGAAGCAGAGCUGUGGGACUGUGACCCACAAGCUCUGGUGUAGAUAGCAAAAAGUGCAGGCAAAAGCUAUGUAUGAGCCAUAUGGAAAACCUAGGGCAAUCUCUUUGCAAUUCUGCAUUGCUUGGUUACAUAAAUAGAGUUAAAAGUCCAGUGUAGUUUUGCACUGUCAAGCUCUAUUAGACAUUAUUAAUGAUUUGAUAGGAAAAGGAAAAAAAAUUUUUUUUCCAAAAAUGGAAUAUUCUCAGUUUUUCCCUUUUUUAUUUUGUUUUGUUUACUUCACUGGAUUCCCCCUGCCUCUUUUUUUUAUAUAUAUAUAUAUACGAUGCAGCUCUUUUCGUGUACCAUAGUGUAUAUUGUAUCAUAAACUAUAUAUUGCGUUUAAGUGUUUGUUUCAAAAAUAUACCAUUUGUUAUUUUUGACCUUUAAAUUAAAAUGAAAAUCCAUUUUAUUUUUUAGUUGUAACCGCUUGACGUAUGUUUCUUUAAGUGACGAAUCAUUCUUGCUUUCAAUUAAUGGUGUAAUUUGGCAGAGCUGCAUGUAGCUUGCCUAAAAGGGAAUGCUGGGUUGGGGGAGAACCAUGCAUUUCUUGAUGGACUGAAAUGUUACAAUCUCACACUGAACCAUCAUUUGGGAACAAAAGAUUAUUUUUCUUAAGAGGAAAGAAUGGAAAAAUGGGUUGUUUAGGUGGCUUGUUGACAAUAAAAAUGUAAAAGAGAAGUAUUUUUACUCCUUAAGGACUGCUCAAAGGCAUUUUCAUGGUCAGAUUGUUUUGUCAUGCAGAUAUAAAAAAAACUUGGUUAGAAUGUUUUGAUAUUAUUAUGUCUCUUUCAUUACCCUCUCACUCUCUCCAUAAAGAAAUAACAACUUUCAAAAAUA